UACUUCAUUUAUAAUUAAUGUCCCUCAACCUCAACCACAACUCAUUUUCAGUUCCACCCCCUUAGCUUGCCCUUUUUCGACUACCCUUGUUUCGUAACUUCCUUUUUCUCGAGAAAACAUAGGAAAGGUAGUUAGGAUGUUGUAUCCAAUCCUUUUCCUGCUUUUAGCGUUCUUGCAUUUCCAGGUCCAUUGUUUAUUGAGUUUCUCUUCCUCUUUUCUUGAUUCGGCUCAUUUAUGCCUCCCAGAACAGAGAGCUGCCUUGCUUGAAUUCAAAAACACCAUUUCUUUGGAUCAUUAUUGUGAUGAUUGCCCAAGGACAAAUUCUUGGAAUGAAAGCACGGAUUGCUGUUCAUGGGAUGGAGUCUUUUGCCACACGGUGACGGGUCAUGUCAUUGGCAUCGACCUUAGUAACAGUUGCCUUAACGGCACUCUCCCUGCGAACAGCAGCCUCUUCCACCUUCAAAGACUUCAAUGGCUCAAUCUCAGUUCCAACAACCUUCAUGGCUCUCUUCUUGAAGACAGCAGCCUCUUCCACUUUCAAGGACUACAACAACUCAACCUUGCUCACAACAAUUUCGAUGGCUCUAUCUCUUCAGAGUUAUUUAAUAAGUUAGUGAGUUUGACCCAUCUUAAUCUCUCUCGUUCUGGAUUCUCUAGCUCAAUUCCUGCAUCAUUUCGAAAUCUCACUCAAGUUGUCUUUUUAGAUUUUUCUGAAAAUGAUUUUGAAGGACAGAUUCCAGAUGCUUUUGAAAACCUUAACAGAUUAACUACUUUGAAAUUUGAUUCUUGCAAUUUUAGUGGUCAACUUCCAACAACUAUGUUCAACCUCACACAACUUACCCUACUAAAUUUGUCACAUAAUCAAUUAGAAGGUCCACUGCCAAAUCAUGUUAGUGAGCUUCAAUUGCUAGAAGGAUUUUGGUUAUCUAAUAACCUAAUAAGUGGUGGAGUACCAUCUUGGCUGUUUACUUUGCCAUCGUUGCAAGAUUUAGAUCUCAGCCAUAAUAAACUCACCGGCCCAAUCGACCAAAUUCAGAAGCCUAAUUCUGUCCGAAACAUUGAUUUGAGUUCUAAUGACAUUCAUGGUCCAAUACCCAGUUUUUUUUUUGAUCUUGUGAACCUUGAAAAACUUGAUCUUUCAUCAAACAACUUGAGUGGUGUCAUCAAGUCAAAUAUGCUUGCAAAACUCGAAAAUCUUUCCCAUCUUUAUCUUUCUAAUAAUAGUUUACUAUCAUUAAGCACAGGCGGUAAUGAUGCAAACUAUUCCUUCCCCCAGCUUGCUACUGUGUCAUUCUCUUUUUGUAGCAUAAGACAAUUCCCAAGUUUCUUUCAAAAAUCAAAUUUGGAGAUUUUAGAUCUUUCCUAUAACAAGAUUUGUGGUGGAAUUUCCAAAUGGGAAGCAGAAGGGUGGGAAAGCUUGCUCGAGUUGCACCUUUCUAAUAACUCUUUGACCACUUUGGAGCAAUUUCCAGGAAAGAAUCUUCGAGUUCUUGACCUUCGAUCCAACUUGCUUCAAGGGCCAAUUCUGUCAAAUCUUUUGAUUCGCGAUCAAAGUUCACUUGUGUUUCUUGACUUGUCUAGAAAUAACUUGAAUGGAACCAUUCCAAAUUAUAUUGGAAAUUUCAGCAUUUAUCUCAAGUUCUUGAAUUUGGAGAUGAAUAAUUUUUAUGGCAAAGUCCCUGAUUCUUUUACAAAUGAUCAGUUGAGAUAUCUUCUCCUUAAUGACAACCAAUUGGAAGGAUUAUUGCCGCAAUCUUUGGCUAAUUGUAGUUCUUUGAAAGUUUUGAAUUUAAGGAACAACAAGUUUACUGAUACCUUUCCCCAUUGGUUAGCUUCACUUCCUGAGCUACAAGUUCUUCUUUUGCGAAAUAAUAGAUUGUAUGGUCCCAUGCCCAAUUCCAUAGCUUCGUCUAACUUCUCCUCGUUGCAAAUAAUUGAUCUCUCUCAUAAUGAGCUCACUGGCCCCUUGCCAACAAAAUUCUUCCAAAAUUUGAGAGCAAUGAAAGAUGAACCUCAAAAGAGACAUCAGAAUCCAAGCUCACUGGGGUAUAUGCAUUAUCAGGGUUCAAGCUCACGGGGGUAUAUUGACGUUACAGGUGACACUGAUGGUCCCCUUCAAAAAAGUUCUAAAUACUGCUAUCAGGAUUGCAUAGCCAAAGGUGGAAAAGUAUAUGUAAGUGUCUAUCAGCAAAUUUCUAUGAAUGUUUCUGUGAAUGUAACAAUGAAAAGAUUGGAGAUGGAGUUAGCACGAACCUUAGACAUUUUCAUGUCUAUAGACUUUUCGAGCAAUUUAUUCUAUGGACAAAUUCCUAAGGAACUCGGAGAACUUAUUUCGCUCCAAGCGCUCAACUUCUCUAACAACCAUUUAAUUGGUCCUAUCCCAACAUCUUUUGGAAAGAUGGUAGCACUUGAAUCGUUAGAUCUCUCAUCAAACAAGCUCGGUGGCAGAAUUCCUUCCCAAUUGACGAAGCUGACAUUCCUUGCAGUGUUAAAUCUUUCACAAAAUGCUCUUACCGGACCAAUUCCCGGUGGGAAUCAAUUUGAUACUUUUGAGAGUGAUUCUUAUAGUGGUAACUUGGGAUUGUGUGGCCUCCACCUGUCAAAGCAAUGCGGCAAUGAUGAGGAACCAAAACCACCGGUACCAAUGCCUAAGGAAGAUGAAGGUUCUGAAAUAGCCUUUAUUUGGAAAGUUGUAAUGAUGGGCUACGGAUGUGGAGUGGUGUUAGGAUUGAGCAUGGGAUACAUUGUGUUCACAACAGCAAGACCAUGGUGGUUUAUCAGAAUGGUUGAGAGAGAUUGGCAAAACAAUGUUACAAAGUGGAUUAGCAGAAACAGAGGAAGAAGAAACUAGCACUACAUCCACAUCAUGCAUAGGUAGCUUACGAACCGAAUCCAAUGGACCCUGUUUCUCUAGCAUCUGGCUUUUCCAUGGUAGUGGUUUGAACAAUUCCAGGUGUUCUUAGUGGAUAAUUUGCUAUUCAUGUUCAGCAGCAUUUAUUUGAAGUUUAUGUGGAAUAGACAAGUUUUGAAGAAGAUAUAUAUAUAUUUUUUUCCUGAUGAAUUUAGGAUUUGUAUUGAAAAUGUUGUAAUUUGGAAGACUUUAAAUAAAAUAAAAA